AUGGAGCAAGAGACGCAAAUGGCUGUUGCGAUACAGCCUCGAAGACUGCGUUGGUUUGGCAGUCUGGGUGAUGCAAUGCGGAUCUUGGCGAAGGAUUUGCUUGGAACCGUCAAACUUCUCGGACAGGUGCCGGAGCCUCUUCAGGAGGGACUGGCGUGGGUGGCUUGCGCAGGGUCGGUAAAGGCCGUCGGAACUACUGCGGCAGCCACACCUCACCUAGCCCUUAGCAUGGCAACUCUCAGUUUCGAUCCGGUGGCCUGGGGAGCUUUAGGCAUCAUGCUGGCCAGCUCGGCCAUUAUCGCCCAAAGGGCAGAGAAGUAUGAGCAGGAAGAUCGCCAGGUGGCGAGGUCUGCUUCGAAUGUGCUUCUGACCUCCGGUGUUGCACAGCUCUGUGUUUGUGUAGUGGAAGCCGGCUAUCAGAUGCAGCCGCUUGCACUGUCGCUGCAUAUCUCCUCACCGUUCUUAGCGGCACGAUUCCUGCAAGAUCUUCUCAUCCUCCCGAUGUGGCUUCGAGGCAUUGGCGCAGCCUCCUUGCAGCCCACAGUCGCAGAUAGAGCAUCCAAAUUAUCGGCGCUUGGCGUGAUCUGCCAG